AUGGAAUUGCUCACCUCUCCAUCUUUUCAUCAUAUCUCACCACUAACUCGUUCUAGAAGCGAUGUCCGUUCAGCUGCUAUGAGAAGAUCCAACUCAUUCUCCGGAGUGACCCGUUCGACCUCGGCUACCCGAUUCUCUCGUCCGGACUAUGGAUACGGUGGUGGCUACAUGUCUCGUUCCAUCAACAAAUGUGGAGGAACUCUUUUCGGAAGAUCUUUGGCUGCCACAGCUCUCACCAAGACUGCACCAUUCCACAAUGUUGGAGUUCAACGUAGCACUCCACACUACACUGACAAGUACCCAUACGUCAGAUACAGCUAUGGAAACACUGACACUGGACUAGGAAUUUUGACUCAAUCGGAAUCGGUCUACUCUAGACACUCUGGAAUCCGUGACAUCGGAACUAAGCGUUGGCUCGAGGGAAAGUUGAACGCCUACAACACAUCUCUUUUCACUCGCCCGGACUACCAAAAGCGUGUUGAGAAGCCAAUUGCUUCCUCAAGAAGCUACGUCAGAUACAUGCCGGUUGAUGAUGCUUUGGAUAUGUACAAGAAAAGAUGCAUGACCGUUGGAACUUUGUCUAAGUAUUGGCUCUCCCCAGCUACAUGGGCAUCUCGCCGUGAGAAGGAGUUGAACCUUUCUUCUUCUCUCAGCCGUGGAAACUACUCUUACUCUAACCGGUUCGAUAGACUCGGAGGCCGCAUCUACUAA